GGCAGGGAGAUCAAUCCUUUCCCAUAUUCCUCUGCCUGCCUCUUUUCGGUCAAGGAAUAUAUUCAGAGCAGAAGGAAGUUAAAUAAAAGUCUUCCUGGAAAAUGGACCGAUGGUAGAUAUGGAGGUGAUUUAAUAAAAUCUCGGGGUUUUGGUGUUGGGACAUUUUACUUAUUUAUUUACCAUGGUCAAGAGAUUUCAUUUGCUAGAGGGUUCUCAAACAUCUGAUCAUGCUCAUAGUAAUAAGCAAAUGUGGGGAGUUCUCAUCAUUGCCAUCAUAGCAGUCUUUCUGGGAUCCUCGUUCUUCUUCUUUUGCAGAAGAAAGCUUAGCCAAAGAUGGAGCCGUAAAGGAGGUCUGAAAGCUGAGAAAUUAGGGUUGAGGCAUUUCCAGCUGGAGGAGCUGGAGAAGGCCACCAGGAAUUUCAGUGCAGACUGUUUGUUGGGGUCUGGUGCGUUCGGGAAUGUCUACAAAGGAAUCUUUGAAGCUGAAGGUACGUUAGCAAUCAAGAGAGCUCACGCCGAGUCAUACCAAAGCGUUGAAGAAUUCAGAAACGAAGUGAGGCUUCUUUCGACAGUCAAUCAUCCGAAUCUCGUAGGUUUGGUGGGGUUUUGUGAAGAACCUGGACCAAAAGGUGCAAAAGUAUUGGUUUAUGAAUACGUACCACAUGGUUCUUUGCUUGAGUACAUCAUGGGAAGGGGCGGAAGAAACUUGACGUGGAGGCAGAGAGUAAACAUAGCUAUUGGAGCAGCUAAAGGCAUUGCUCAUUUACAUGAUGGGAUUAAGCCUGGCAUAAUCCACCGUGACAUAAAGCCAAGCAACAUCUUGAUUGCAGAUGGGUUCGAACCCAAGGUCUCAGAUUUUGGACUAGUGAAAUUGGGUCCAAUAGGAGACCAAUCCCAUGUGAGUAGCCAGAUCAAAGGAACGCCAGGAUACCUUGAUCCUGCGUAUUGCACAAGUUUUCAUUUGAGUCCGUUUAGUGAUGUUUAUAGCUUUGGGGUUAUCCUACUGCAACUCGUUUGUGCCCGGCCGGCUGUUGAUUCAACUAGAAACCAACCUAAUUAUCAUAUCAUUGAUUGGGCAAGGCCAUGUAUAGAGAGGGGCAGCAUCGAAGAAAUCCUUGAUGCUAGUCUUUUAUCAGAGCCAUGCAAUAUGGAAAUGAUGCUGAAGAUGGGAGAACUUGGACUCAGAUGUGUGGUGAAAAUGCCUAAAGACCGUCCUACCAUGACUCAGGUCUUUCAAGAACUAGAAGAUACACUUUAUUCAGUUGACAGCUCCAUCAACAAACAGCCCUGGAGAAGCUCCCGGAGAACAAUAUUUGGCAAGUUUUCUCGACCAACAGAACAAGAGCACCGUAGAUCAUUAGACCAGGACUACUCUCAAAGCUUUGUGAGCAUAGAUGGUGUUGGACUUCAAAAGUUUCGUGUUGAGAUGGAUAGUGUUUCAUUCCAAAGCACCAGCCUGAGAUGUUUUGAGAUAAACAGUGUUAGUGUUGACGUUGACGAGAACAAUUUAAGAGGAAUAAGUGAGGAGACAGGUAGAGAAAGAGAUCGGUUAAACAAGUGACUUUAUGUUUUCAAGGUAUAGGAAACCUCAUUGUGUUGAUAUCAUUGCUACAAG